CCAGCCAGACCUCUCCUGGUCUCCCAAUCAACAAUGGACCGCAACCAGUACCAAAAUACUCCAUAUCCCGAUUAUGGGGUUGCUCACCCACCACAGGAACAAUUCCUCGGGCGCCAGCAAGUUCCAUCGCCUCCGCAACCAGCCCCCGUGCAAGCUUCAUCCUCAGGUCCCUAUAGAGCCCCGCUUCAAAAUGACGUCCCCUUUCAUGCGUACUCCUCCGACGCACCCCUCGCAAACCAAUACGAGGCAUCGCAUCCAAAUGACCCAGUGGUGCAGGAAGGGAGGCGGUUGAGCAAGAAAUGGCAGCGGCGGCUGUACUGGAUGGUGCCUCUGGGUAUCCUAGCCAUCGCUCUGACUGUGCUCUUCGAGGUCUAUAAAUCUGACUUCGAGCGUUGGGUCAAGCCGCUUAGCGACUGGUUGAAAGCGAGAAAGGCCUGGUCUUGGGUGCUGCCCGUUGCCAUUCUAUUCAUUCUCAGCUUCCCUCCUCUCUUCGGUCAUGAGAUCGUGCAAUUGGUUGUUGGUCUGACAUACCCUCUUGGAGUCGCGCUGGGUAUUGCGUGUGCUGGAGCCGUUUUGGGAGAAGCUGGAUGCUUCAUCGUCUUUAAGUAUGGAUUCACUUGGUGGGUUGACAAGAAGAUUGCAACCAAAAUCAAGUGGGCAGCCACUGCAAGAGUCGCACAAGAAGCUGGCUUUAGGGGCGUGCUAGUCAUCCGCUACAGUAUCGUUCCGCCACAUCUGGCCAAUCCCCUAUUUGCCUGCACUGGAAUGAAGUUCUGGCUGUACAUGACGACUGUGUUCUUAUCUCUUCCCAAGUCAGUGGUCUUCGUAGCGCUCGGAACCCCCAGCUCGGAGGGUACGAAGGCGACAAAAUAUGGCAAGGUAGUGGCAAUCGUUGUUGUAGUCGCCAUCACAAUUUUCGCGAGUAUCUGGAUUCGCAAGAAGAUGGUAAUUGCGAUCAAAGCGAUUGAAGCUGAGCGAGCUAUGCAAGAAGGCGUCAUCGAAGGCGAUGAGGAGCUUGACACGUUGAAUUCGAUGAAUGGUGGCGAUACAUCGUACAAGGGAGUAAAUGCUGCUGCGCCAUAUUCAUAUCAGGGUGGGGCUCGGCCAUCGGCGUAUCAACCGAUUUAGGGAGUCGACGUUACAGGGGACACGGCGAUUUAGUUGCACGUUUUGGUGCCCAGAGAGUGAAUUGGCGUAUUAUCGCCGCGUUGGAAAGGCUGGCGUGCAUUCACGGAGCGCUACAUUGGUUCAUCGAUCUCGAUUCCGAGCGAAGGAGAGUAUAUUCAGAAACGGGAAUUUGUCAGAGGUUCAUGAGCGGGAGUUGGGGUACAGUAUGUGGCGCCGCUAAACGGGCUGCAGCAUGAGGAGUAUUCGGUGCAAUGCUGGAUGGGGCGAGCGUGGGGGACAAGGGGCGCGAUACUUCGAUGAAAUCUCUACUUCCAGCCAUUAAUCUCAUUCCUCCCCCACCAUUCAAUAGAGGUAGUACCUCAAGCAAUCCCGGAUCAUUAGCAAGACAAAUCAGCACAUCCUCGCAGGCAUCCGCCCGCCCCCAGCAACACAAAAC